AUGGGUUGUAUUUGCAGCAAGAAGAACAUUGUCGAAGACACCCCUGCUCCUCGCCCGGUCAACACACCCUCUCAGUCGACCUCGUCCAACCAGCACACAUCUCCUGACCGAACCAAGGCACCGGAGAUGUGGAGAGACUACUCGCCUUCGUCAGAUCAGGCAUAUUGGCGAGCUGUACGCUUGUAUCUGGACCUUUCCUCAGAGACGUCGCUCAAUCGGGACUAUCACCGAGCUGUACGCGCGGCUCUGGAUCUCUCGUCGGAUGCUGUUCAACCACACACUGCCACUGUCAGGGUCCCUAAUUCCUCUCACAAUCCGCGAGAAACUUCCUCCUCUCUUACAAAUCCUACCCCUGACAGUGCGUAA